AUGUAGUUUUUAUUUUGAGAAAUGAGAGGUGAACUACAUGCCGUUUAUAGAAAUCAAUUCUAAGGCCCAGAAGCAAAGUAAAAUGAGAAAAAUGAAUGGUGAUGAUGGUGAAAGUGAAAGGCCUUAUUGGGAGGUUUUGGUUUGGAGUUGGAGGUGGGAUUGUGUUGGCCAUUGUUGUUGUUAUUAUUGGGCUUAGAGGAACACAAAAAGCUAUGAGCUCGACGUUCUUGUUCUCUGGUGUUGUUCCUCUGCGUGUGAGAUCGGUUUUGACUCCAGCUAAUCCGGCUACCGAUAGAGCUUCAAUGGCGAGUUCCUCUGGUGCUAAGUGGGCUCAGAAAACCAUCACGCUUCCACCGCUACGUCGUGGAUGUCAUCUUAUUACUCCAAAGAUAUUGAAAGAAAUAAGGGAAGACUUGUCAGAUUUCAAUUGUGGUCUUGCUCAUGUCUUCUUACAACACACAAGUGCUUCUCUGACAAUCAAUGAGAAUUAUGAUCCAGAUGUUCAGGCUGAUACUGAGACUUUCUUGAACAGGAUUGUUCCUGAGGGGAAUUCAGCGCCUUGGAGGCAUACUAUGGAAGGUCCUGAUGACAUGCCAGCUCAUAUCAAGUCAUCAAUGUUUGGAUGUCAACUCACAAUCCCAAUAACAAAAGGAAAACUCAGCAUGGGAACUUGGCAGGGAAUAUGGCUCUGUGAACACCGUGAUGCUCCAACAGCACGCAGAGUUGUGGUCACUCUCAAUGGAAUCUAGAGAUGUCUCUUCACGUUAGAUGGCUUGUAACCUCGUAAUGUUUUAAUAGAUUUUUACAGUCUUGUAAUGAAAUUUGACUUUCUAUAUGAAACCACUUUGUCCACAUUUUGGUGUUUAUUGCAUCAGAAAAAUCCAUAUUUACAGC